AUGAAAGUGGAUGACAUUUGCAUCUCAGCUUUUCUGAACCUGGGCAAGGACCAGUCUGGACGGCUCACUGCCUCCAUGGCCCACUGCAACAACUCCAUUGGCCACAUCAGCAUUGACAUUUCCGGAAAACUAAGCUGGAUCCUGAACCUCUUCCAUGAGAGAAUUGAAAAUAAAUUCAAAAAUAUCUUGGAACAAAAGAUCUGCGAAAUGGUCGAGAAGGCAACCACCUCUCGCCUGGAGCCCUAUCUCCAGACUCUGCCAGUUAUCUCAAUGAUUGACCAGGUUGCCAGCAUUGACUACAGUUUAAUAGGAGCUCCUCAAGUGAAUUCUCAAGUCCUAGACACACCCUUCAAGGGUGAAUUCUUUGGCCAAAACGGGCACUCCCGAGCCCCCUUCGAGGCUCCGCCCAUCAGGCUGCCAGAGAAACAUGACUACAUGGUCUACUUUGCUAUCUCUGAAUAUGUCUUCAACACAGCCAGUUGGGUCUACCAUCAGGCUGGAUACAUGAACUUCACCAUUCAAAACCAGCACAUUUCCCCAGACUCUCCAAUCCACCUGCACACCAGCUCAUUCCCAGCCCUUGUUCCUCAGCUGGCCAGGAUGUACCCCAAUAUGGAGCUAGAACUUGAGAUGUCACCUGAGUCAGCUCCAUUACUGAUGUUCACCCCUGGAAAUGUGACCCUCAUGCCAGCAAUAGAUGUCCAGGCCUUCGCUCUCAAGCCCAACUCCUCUGACCGCAAGCCACUCUUCCAGCUCAGGGUGACAACAAGCAUCUCUGCCACCAUCAAUGUGAGCUCUGACAGGAUUGUUGGUUCAGUGACCCCAGGAAGUAAGCUGAAGUUGGAACUGAAACACUCCAACAUCAAUUUCAUCGACGUGGAGCUGAUGGAAGUCAUCCUCAAUUACUAUGCGCUCCACACCAUAUACCCCUCCCUCAAUGGUAAGAAUAGCUGCUACUGA